AUGACCAGAGUACGUCUACUCCUGGAAGCCGGAGCCGACAUCAACGCGACGAACGAUGAUGAAGAACGACCGUUGACGCGCGCAAUCCGAAACGAUCAGCCGGAGGUGAUGAAGUGUCUCAUUGAAGCUGGCGCUCAGGUCACGGAUCUCCUUGGGAAACAGAACCUGCUACACUUAGCAGCAAAGGAGGCCCGGCUUAAAGCAUUACAGUAUUUGACAGACAUUCAACUUCCCCUUUUGAAUGUAUAUCAGGUGGAUGAGUUCGGUAAGACACCGUGGGAUGACUUUAUCAUGGUCCUGCGCAUGCCAGAAUGGUGUUUGAAAUAUUGGCGAAGGCCUACUGCUCCAGAGCAAGACGCGUUUGUUAUACUAUACAAGAAGCUUCGAGACCAAAGCUUGGAACUUGACAUCAACAGGCUACGGCGCACGCGCCAAUAUCUCGAAGAUGGCACAUGCCAUGGAGCUGUAUCGGUCUUGCGGUCACUGAUCAGUGAAAAGAGGGACUGGGAGCAAUGGGACUCACUGCGAACGUACGAGACGAUCAAGCUUCAGGUUCGGGAGCAGAUGGUAGAAGCAGCGCUCGAGUCAAUCGAUGAGAACAUUGAGGUUUUGCAGGAGAUUAUUGAUGCAUCACCAUGGGAUCAAGUAUCAUAUUGGGACCCUCGCGAGGAAGAGCAAGAGGACGAUCUCGAGGACUGCAAAAAGUCUGAAUGGGCCGAAAACAAGGAUGGUGGAGAAGUCGAACCGAAUGAAGUUGGGAAUGAUACAUCAGAACCUGCCAGCAACGACUUAUGA